AUGAUGUGUAAGGAUUUUAUCUAUGUCACCACUACUUGGUUGGUUUAUCUAGACUCUAUUCAUCCUUCUAUGCCUACAGUGUAUGACUCGGAGGACCCAAACCUUCCGAAUCUUCCCGACAGAGAUGAAGUAUCUUGGUCUGAUUACGAUUACCUCAGCGAUGACUCGUCGUCUUCUGAUAGUUCUAGCAUCGACUCUGAUAGAUCUCACACAUCAUCUAUAGGGCCGAGUAGUAUAGUUUCUGACAGACGACCUUCGAUGAUUUCAUCGUUGCUGAGACUUCAUCGAUCAUCAAAGUUGUCCCGUCCGUCGUCGUACAAGGUUCAUGAUUUGUUUGAGAAGUGGGAGAGUCGGAAUGCUCGUCAUAAUGAGAGGGAGCCUGUUCCUACAGUAGUGAUACAGCCUACAGAGGAGCACCAGAGGGCUGGAGGUGGUGAUGCGGGAGGUGUCGAGGGUGGAGAUGUGGGAGGUGGUGAGGGUGGAGGUGUGGCGGGUCUGGGGCCAGCUGGGUCUAAUGACCAUACUUCUGGCCUAAAACCGAAGCCACAUCGGAAAUACAUCGGGUCUAAAGUGAAGAAAGAGCGUGCUGCAUGGGAACCGGGUGUGGAUGUUCAUCAAAUCAAUGUAUUACUCAAUACGCCGGGCUCGACUGUCACCAUCUCAGACUAUUCAGAAAACAGGUAUCACAUAGAGAGAUAUGAAGUGUAUUCUGAGAUGGAAAGCAACACCACGCGGAAAAGAGAGGGUGAUCGUUAUCAUGUUGAGUUUCUAAGUGGUCAUCGUCACGACUUGGAUGAGAGUAGUGAAGCAUCCAGUAAUUGCGGUUCGUUGGAUGAACUCUAUCAAACCACUUCAGAGUACAUUAAAGAAGUCCAGAGAAGCAAGGAAGAGCUACGAAAUGCACUCGAGAACAAGCCAAAGUGGGGGAAAGUACGCUGGAUUAACGUCAAUGGAUUGUCUUGGGAGGCCAUUUCGAUCAUUGGUGAUCAUUACUCUUUGCAUCGUUUAGCCAUAGAAGAUAUGGUGGAUGUGCCACAGAGAACUAAAGUAGAUAUGUAUCCAAGUCAUUUAUUUGCUGUUAUGCCACUCUUGAAACUUAUCACCGUGGAAAAGCCUCCGGUUAUUCCCAGGUCUUUCUUCAAACGAAGCAAUGAUAUUCAUGAAGAUCCCCCAAUUCGUCCAACCGCAAUCACGGCUACAGAAACUGCCUUGAGAAACAUGAGAUCAAGACAGUUUGAUGGCAUGAAGCAUCGUAAAAACGGUAAGCGGCAGCCCACUUCAUUGGGUUCUUCUUCGGCUUCGGUUUCGUCUUCAUCGCCUCGUCAUCGUCAUUUCAAAACUCUCAGUGAGAAAAUCAUGGAAGAUCCUAAUGUUAGAACGCUUACCGACUUGGCAGUUAUGCCGAUUGGUAAGACUUCCGAUAGCUACCAAAAACUCCGGAAAAUCAACCUACGACGGCCACUAUACAGCAGAAACUUAGGUGCAGGAGUCGAGCAGCUGUCUUUGUUUCUCACUACUGACGGAACAGUGAUUUCGUUCCUAGAACAUUCGGCAAACGAUAUUGAAAAGGCCAUUUUACCACGUCUCUCUUCUGAAUAUACUAUUCUUAGGACUUCCUGCGAUCCCUCCAUUCUCUUUGAGUCCAUUAUCGAUUCUUCGGUCGACUUGGUCUACCCAGUGGUCUCCGCCUACAAUAAAAUCAUGAACGAAUUUGAGGUGGAUCUUCUCACCAAUCCUGGGAUGGGACGGACUUCUGAGUUGCAUCUCAUGGUAAAUGAACUCACCUUAUUACGAUCUACCAUCCAUCCAAUUUCUGCCAUGGUUAUCCAACUUAAGGAUCAGAAAAGUCUUCGUAAGUUCAUCACAGAAACUUCUAGUCUCUAUCUCAGCGAUAUCAACGAUCACUUGGUUUCCUACAUUCAAGAUAUUGACUCACUGUCUCAGACCAUCGAAAAUAUGCUCAACUUGGUCUUCAACACUCUCUCCAUCCAAACUAAUAACUCCAUGCAGAGAUUGUCUUUAAUCACGGUUAUUUUCUUACCUCUUUCUUUCUGGACCGGCUAUUAUGGAAUGAACUUCGACGUGUUCCCAGAUUUGCAUAAAAAUGUUAACUUUUACUGGGAGUUGGCUAUACCCUUCUCUGUAGGUCUCAUUAUAAUUAUUAUGAGAAAGGAACUCAUCAAGGCUAUCAUGGAUACCAAGCAUUCCAUAGAGAGGCGAUUGAGAGAAUACAACUACAGAAGGCUGGAAGAUUAA